AUGCCGCGGCUCAGUGGACCCUCAGGCCAGGUGGGGGCGCCCACUGCGCGUGUGCAGCGCCUAGUCUUAAGGAUAGAGGUGUGGGGCCGGCGACACCGUAGGACACCCGCCGCGCGUGGCCUCCUGCGGGAGGGACCGGGCCGCCAUGGGAGGCGCGCGCCGGGACCUGGCGCAGCGGCGGCGGCCAAGCUGGCGGCGCGGCUACCCCGCUCCCGCUCGCACCCGCGGCUCGCCGGCGUCCGCGCCCACUCGCGGCUGGGCCGGGCCUGCGCGUCGCUGUCGCUGACUCCACCGCCCGCGGCGUCCCUGCCGCACCCGCCGCUGCCCGGCCUGCCGCCGGGCCUGAGCCCCGGGCCGCCACCGCCCUCGGCGCUCGCCCUGGCCGAGCUGCCGCCGCUGCCCGCGCUCCCGCUGCGGCCCGAGCCGCUGGCGCCCUGGGGCCCCGGCGCCCACCUGGCGCUGCCCGAGCUGCCGCCCGAGGUCUGCGCGCCCGCGCCGCCCGCCGCCGCGCUCGCCCUGCAGGACCUGCCGCGCCUGCCCGCGCCCGCGCCGCCGCCCGCGCACCUGCCGCUGCCGCCGCUGCCCGAGGCCGCUGUGGCCGCCACGCCCGAGCCCGUGGGCGCGCGCGGCCGCCCGCCCCUGGUCGCCGAGCCUGCCCCGCUACCGCUGCCGCCGCUGCCCGCACGGCCCUCGGCCUUCAGCCUGCUGGCGCCGCCCUCGCCCCGCGACCCCUGGCCGCUACCCGCCUUCCCCCCGCCCCUGCCGCCGCCGCCCCCGCCUCACUUCUUCCUGUCGCCGCCCUGCUGACCACCCGGCCCUCCCCGAGGCCACCGACGCUGAGGGGCUGCGGGCUGGAUUUGGAUGCCACCGCCAAGACCCUCCUCCGCUUUCGUUUGUAUGGCUUCUUGGAAACUCGGAUCCUGCCUUCCAAGUCUUAAGAAGUCAGACUUGCAACUGAAAUAGAUCCAGGGGUCCCAAGGGCCUGGGUGCACCAGGAAAACAGUGGUGUUGAGGGACAAUCGAUACUGGGCCCUGGAGCAGCAGUGUCACAUGCAAGGGCUGUGAAGUCAUCCGCAAGGGACAGGAAAGCUCCCACUGUGGCUUGGGCUCAGGUAACCAGGCAGCUGCCCUAUCUCAGUGGGCAGCUCAGGAGUAGUGUCAGGAAGCCAACUUGACCUUGGGGGACCUCUGAGAGCCUGGGACCCACCAGCAAGAAAGUUCUGGAAGGCAGAAGUCUGAAGUCAAGGUGUGGCAGGGCCAUGCUCCCUCCAGAGGCUCUAGGGGAGGCUGCUUCCUGCCUCUCCCAGCUUCUGGUGGCUCCUGAUGAUCCUUGGCUUCUGGCCGCCUCACUUCAGUCUCUGCCUCUGUCUUCACGUGGUCUCCUCCCCUGUGUCCGUGUCUUAAAUCUCCCUCUGUUUUUCUUUUAUGACACCUGUCUUUGGAUUUCACCGUAAACCCAGAAUGAUCUCAUCUUGAGAUCUUUAACUUAAUUACAUUUGCAAAGACCCUUUUUUCAAACAAGGCCCAGGGCGGGCCCAGUGGCGUAGCGGUUAAGUUCACAUGCUCCGCUUCCCUGGCCCACGGUUUGCCGGUUUGGAUCCUGGGCACAGACCUACAUACCGCUCAUCAAGCCAUGCUGAGGCAUCGUCCGGCAUAGAAGAACUAGAAGGACCUACAACUAGGAUACACAACUAUGUACUGGGGCUUUGGGGAGAAAAAAGAAAAAGAGGAAGAUUGGCAACUGAUGUUAGCUCAGGACCAUUUUCCUCAAAAAACAAACAAACAAACAAACAAAACCCAAAAAACCAAUAAGGCCCCUCUCAGUUUCCAGGGUUUAGGACCUGGACAUAGCGUGGGGGGCCACCAUCCAAUCCAUACAGGCCACUGUCCUCUCCCCUGUGGGGCUGGCCCACCUCCCAAGCUGGCUGCCCAGCUUCCUUUACAUGUUUUAGGCCCUGUCCCCGGCUGACCCUGCACCUUGGGUGCCCCUGGAGUCCUCAGGCAGGAGCCGAAGGCACUAGUACCUUCAUAAAGCUCUCACUGGCACAGGAAGAAAGUAGAAUGACUGUCUUUCUUCUUUGCUGUAUUAUGCCCCAGUUCCCAUUGCUGCUGGCUUGCUGCUUCCUCCACCAUCUUUAGGUCCUGUCGCCCUCCUCCCCUCUCAGCUAAGAAUCAGAGAGUACACAGGAAGGACCUGAUUGGAUGUGUCUUCUGAAAGAAGACAGCCUUGAGAGGGCAGCCACACCCUCCAAACUCCAGAUCCCGUGGCUGACUGCUGCUGGUUGAAAGCUGACAGUUAGGACUGAUAAUAAAGUUAAUUGCACAGCAACUAGAAGGAUGUGCAACUAUGACAUACAACUAUCUACUGGGGCUUUGGGGGGAAAAAAAGGAGGAAAAAAAAAAAUAAAGUUAAUUGCUACCCAGUCAGUGGAGUCUGCCCAGGUUGACAAGUGAAACCACCAUCAUGUUCUUCACAAGAUACUCUUGUCCCGCGUCAAUACCUGUACUGACCCCAAGGUGCGUGAGGCGCUGGCUGCCUGGGCAGAUGCCUCCGGUGGCCCUGGAGGGAGGUGUGGCAGACUUCUCCCUCUGUUUCACAGCUGGGAGGCACCUGAGAUGAGGGCAGCUGUGACUUGCCCAAGCCCUGCGGUGGGGUUGACACCAGGUCUGACCCAGAGUCCGGUAAGCUGCCUGCUGCGAGUGACGAGCAAACAGUGCUUUCUGCGUCAGGGACACGGACGCGGUGAAAAUGAACCUGGGUGGAGGGUGACUUCUGCCUAAUCAGAUCCAGAUGCGGUUCUCUGUGGAGACUUCCCAGCACAGGGAGCCUCGGAGAGUGGGGGAAGGAGGGAAUGGCUGUCUG